AUGUCCGAACCACCACCCUCGUCAUCCCUACCACCACAACCACCUUCAUCGGCGGAUCCUCCACAGUCAUCCUCCGAAGCGCCAGUCGUUCCGAAACUCGAGCCCGAAACAUCAGAUCCUUCUGCGCUGGACGCUCCCGCCGCCGACAUGGCGAAUAACACCACCGCUGCCAACGCCGAGGCUGGAGCUGGAGCUGCGGACGCCGCCGCCGAGAACCCUGCGCAGGCUGUUGUCUCCUCGGACACGGCCGCGACGUCGAAGAAGGAAACUAGUCUCCGCGAGUUUCUGGGGAAGAUGGAUGAAUAUGCGCCUAUUAUCCCGGACGCCGUAACAUCCCACUACCUAACUCUCGCGGGCCUCCCACCACCCGGCAACGGCCCCAAUCAGACCCCACCACACCUCGCACGCCUCCUCGCCCUCGCAACGCAAAAGUUCAUCGCCGACAUCGCCGCAGACUCAUACCAGUACGCGCGCAUCCGCGCCUCGAAUUCCACAUCCGCAAGUAACCCAAUGGGAAGUCUGAACGCCGCUUCUGGGCUCGGGGUUCCCGGUGCCGGAGGUGCAGGCGGAGGAGCCGCUGGCGGCGGUGGAGCAGGAGAUGCAGGGAAGGGAGGCGGCGCUAACAAGGGCGGAGCGCAUUUGGGAAUUCAGAGGGCUGGGUUUGGUGGCGGAGGGUCUGGGGGUUCGGGGCAGGGGAGGACGGUGCUUACGAUGGAGGAUCUGGGUAUGGCAGUUUCGGAGUAUGGGGUUAGUGUUAAGCGCGGAGAGUUCUAUCGGUGA